AUGGACUUCUGGUUCACGGCCUCUGGCAUCAACACCGACAAGCAGAAGACCGCAACAAUUUUGGCCGCGUUGGACCCAAACGUGGUGGGACAGUUGCUCGACGUCAUCACAUCUAUGCCGCAGCAAGAUAAAUAUGAAUUUAUCAAGACGAAAAUCAUCGCCCAUUUUGCCGAUAGUGAGCAGCGCCGUCUCAAUCGCCUAUUGUCCGAGCUGCCCCUCGGCGAUAAAAAGCCAUCGGAACUAUUUUACGAAAUGAAGCGAGUGGCUGGUAAUACACUAGGUGAAGCCGCACUCAAGGGGUUGUGGACUAAACGGCUGCCGGAACUCGCUCAACCCGUGGUCGCUGCCUCAUCGGGAACCGCCGCCGAAUUUACUAAGAUUGCCGACUCCGUCGUCGAUGCGAUUGCACCUAGCCAAAUUUGCAGGGUUAAGGCAGAGCCCAACAGCGAUAUAACCCAACUGCGCGCAGCCAUCGAAGAGCUAAGCAAGCGGGAAUGUGGCUUAUAA